AUGCUGGAGAGCGGGCCCCGGGGGCAGGACCGAGUGCGGGGCAGCCCCAGCCCCUCUCGGCGGCGGCGAGGGGGACCCGGGCUCAAGGUGACAUCUUGGGCAGCAAGAGGAGGCGGCGCCGCGCCAGGCCGCCCUUCCGCCCCCCAGAUAUAUUUAGAGUAUGAAGGACCUUCAUUUGGGGAAUGGGACAUUUCUCCGUCAUGUACUGUUACAAAUAAAAGUUCACCUACAGCAACACUGCACUGUCCAGUUCCUGGAAUUCACAAGAUUAGACCAAAAGUUGACAAUGAGACAUUUGAGGAUGUGGACCGCUAUUUGCCUAUCUCUGAACAGUUGAAUUGCUUUUUGUGGUAUGUGUUGAAAAGUUCUCCAGAGCACAGCUCCGUUCCAUCCUCAAAAAAUGAUAGCCAGGAGUUAAUCUUGUGGAUAUACGAUCCAGAAAAUGCAGAACCCUCUGAAUUGAAUCACACUGCAACGUCUCCUCCACCGAAUUCUAAGACACUUAGCAAGCAGUUUUGGAAUUUGGGACAGGAACCUGUUGUUCAGACCUAUUUUAGAAAUACCAAAUACUUUGCCACUGCAUUUCCAGAGUUGGGAUUCUGGAAAAUUAAUGUACCUGCAAUGUUAGAUGACAUCAUAACUAAUAUCCAUGGAAAGGCAAUAGCUUUCCAGGAUUGUUUUGUUCUAGAUAGUCCCUUUAUCAUUUCCCGGCCUGAAGAGCCAUUUCCUAACAAUGUAAAUGACAAUUCCCUCUGUUCUCCAGCUGGUAGUGAGCCUUACAUUGAGUGGUCUGCCUGUUUUCCAACAACUGCACUUUUGUUGUCAGAAUUUGGAACUUUCCAUACAAAUGAUGGGUUCAUAACUUAUAAAGAAAUCAAAGCUCCAGCACACAAUUUGGGCUUUGACUUAAGUCAAAAAGUAACUGAUAUUGUUUUAACUGAUGAUGGAAUCUUGUUUUUAAUAAUGGGGACAGUUUACAAAAGAGAGUCCAAUCGGUUUUUUAAACUUGGAUCUGAAUACAAUCUACCAGAAACAGGAAUAACUGGAAUACAGUCAAGACUUUGGUGUUCAUCUGAAUAUCCAGUACAGAGUGGAAGAAAAUUAAGUAAAGUAGCAAUAUGGACACCAACUGAACAAUAUCUAGGAUAUGAUGGCAAUGUGUUUAUUAAAAUAACAGAUACAACAACCCUAAAGAAGGUCCUAGAUUUUCCAGUGACUGCUUCUUUAUCUAUAGGCACUGUUUGCUAUGACUCACGCCCAUCUGAAGUUUCUUUGCUGAUGGCCUGCGUUGGGUGCAGCUCCUCCAGGGUGUUUUAUCUGUCAGCUUACAAUGAAGACCGAGAUUUGUGGGUCCUAAGAGACUUUUCUUUAAAUGCUCCUUCCCAGGGUUUUAUGCUAAUGGAAUUUGUAUAUUCAGCAUCACCAUCUAUGCUGAUGUGGAACAAGGAAAUGGUCUAUUAUAGCUAUAAAAACAACACAAUUAAUGGAUUUGUUAUGGUAACUGGGUUAAAUCAGAAGCUAUUGGAAGUAUCUCAAGGGAGCACUAUUCACCAACUGGUUAUUGACUAUUUCGGGAACGCUGUGAUAAAGAUGAAAAACAAUGUCAUGAUUUUUUUUAAAGUUGAAAUGAAAAAUGCUGUGGAGCUCCCUCAAUGGGAAAAGAAAAGCAAAAACGUAGUCCUUUACUUGAAUCCAUCUGGUAACCUAUAUAUGCUGAUUAUCAAUGGUUCUAGUAUACACCGUGAGGUCUAUCCCUUGAAAACUGAAAUGUUUACUUACAUACAUGGUUUUCAAGAUAUUUGCCCAUAUCUAGUAUUUCAGCACAGCAUGGAUUUAAAUGUCUAUUAUCUGGACAUGGGAGAUGAAGUGACAUUUUGGGCUCAAAUAGUCUAUAUAGAGAAUUUGGGCUUAUCCACAGUUGUGGAAAUCUACAGGCCAGAACUGCUGAUGCAGACAACAGAUGUCAAUUAUGAAAUAGCUCGUGGAAUCUGUACUAAAAACCAGACAAUAAAAUUUUACCAUAAAAUGGACUAUAGCCUUGAACCUAAUUACACAGAAGCAUUAAUUGCAUCCACAGGUGUUAUGACAGUUGAACUACAACCUAGUAUGUCUGGAAAAAUGUGUGCAACAAACAAUAAGCUAACUCAUUUUUUUGUUGGCUGUCCUCCAUCAAGGCAUAUUGUCAUUCAUAGACCUUCAGCUAUAACCUGUAUCAAACAUAAUUUUACUACUUACAAAAUACCCGGGGAAUAUCUGUGGGAUCCAACAACUGAAGACCUGGUGGUAAAUUAUGAUUGGGAUAAGUAUGGCUGCCUAAUGGAUCUUUAUUAUGCAAUACCUUUUCACCCUGAUAUUGCCUUAUAUGAUGGCAGCACAUUUGUUGAAACAGUUGAGGCAAAUUUUAUAUUAUGGGAGAUUCAUGGCAGAAGUGACUACAGCUACAACUCAUCUAUGAAGCAGGUGGGUUGUUUGCGUGAAGCACAGACUUGGAUUUCAAUGCUUGAGGAACAUGAAAACAGUACAUUAGACGAAAUAUGGGGGCCACAGAAUUACAGAUCCUGCUUUCAAUCUGAACUUGGACCUCUAGGAGACCUAAAUCAGCUGUAUCAAAUUUUGAACCACUCUGGUUACAAUUCUCUCAUUUGGCCGACUGAAUACAGUGGCAUUUAUGUGUUCAGAGUGAAAAUAGUGGAUCCAAAUUUCAGUUUUUGUGACUUAAAUACAAUCUUUGCAGUCCGUACAUAUGGCAUAGUAGAAAGUCCAAACAUUGGUAAGGUUGCUGGCUUUUCAAUCCUCAUACUGUCCAUUUUUGGGGGCAUCCUUAUUGUAAGCUACUUCAGGUAUGUGAAGAUUUAUCGAGCACUCAUUUAUGUUGAUCCACUGCCAUCACAUGACCAACAAGAUCAAACAAGAAAGACAGCACAUGAGUUGAAGAAGGACCAAUAA